GUCAGACUUCGUACCGUGAAGCCAGGUUGUCGGGCGAUCUAUGAUCGCUCAGGCUCUCAGAUGUCGGGCGGUCUUGUUAUCGUAUUCGGCGAGACCGCCUCCGCCCAUGGACCCUGUCUUGGGCCUUAUUUGGUCACAUGUGGGCUUUUAGUGUUCUUUGGGCCAGGUGUCUCAAUGUUUGGCCCAAUACAAACAACCUUGGAUAAAUUCAUGCUGGAAACAAACAACCUUGGAUAAAUGGAUAUGGCGGGAAACCAAGAAGCUGGAAUAACAAAGCCACAAAGGGCUGGAGGCUGAGUCAUGGCGGCGUAUAACUCCACGCUCUCCUCCGUUUCUUCUCUUUACGCACACAAUGCCUAACCGGCGUAUUUGUUGCUUUGAAAUCGCUCAAAAUUUCGACCUUGAAGUAAGUUCUCUUCCGCCUCAUUCUCGUUUCGCCUCCAAAUCCCUAUCUUCUUAUUGGCUCCUCUUCACGACAUUUGUUCGCUUUUCAGAUUUCUCAGCGACUGCAGGCAGAGCAGUGUCACAUCUUCAGCUCGAAUGUCUACUUCUUUAUUCCCAAUGUCGGAAUACGAAAUUGCUCGCCAUAGAAGGAUCUGCGCUAGGGAUCUUACGCCACGGCGGACUCGCAUGCAUAGAUCAAGGUCAGUGAUCACUCGACUGAAUGGAGGGGUUAGGAUCGCGAUUCGCUGGUCAGUGUACUGUGUGAAUCCAGAUGCCAAUUUCUUUUUGCCAUUUUUUACUUGUACUGCUUGUGUGAUAGUUUUGAUUGCUCAGUGUGCUGAGUUCUCCGUUGAUGGUAUCCGUAAGGAGUACCAACAUGGGUUGGUUUUAGUUUUGAUCGAAAUAGAUUAUCUCUGGAGAUCCAUAUGCUAACCUAAUUGCUUUGGAUAUGGCUGUGACUCCAAUGUUGUAGCUUACUUCUGAAUUGCGAAUACCAGCCGUUGUUUUCUUGCUGCAAGAAGUAGUGCUUUGGUGUUGAUUCUUCAUUGUAGUUCCAUUACGAGCUAUUGCUGUGGGCUGACUCUCUUUAGUGUAAAUGUAUUGACAUGGAGGUUUGAAGGAUGCUUGUAGUUUAGCUUUUGACGACUAGUUUGUUAGGGUUUGCCGACAAGCAGUAUCACUAGAUGUCUUAGACUGGAUGAGAAAUUGAGAAUAAGUCCUUCCACAAUACUUUAGAGAUUAAAGACAGAUCAUAGGG